AUGAAAUUAAAUGAUUAUUUAUAAGCGAAUAUGGAGCCCUAUAAACCAUUAUUGUUGAAUGAUAAAAAUGAAAAAGGAAUAUCAACUGGAAAUUACAUGAAACUUAUGAAAAUGAAUGCAUCAAGAUUAAUUUCAAAGUCUGUAGAAUCUCCUAUUCAUCCAUUAACAACAAGACAAACCUUAGAAAGUGUUAAGAAUUCAUAUAAUCUUCCAUAAAUUUAAUAGUUAGUUGUUCAGAAUCAAGUUUUACAUGCUAAAUUAAAAGAAGAAUAAAAUAAGGCAUAAUUAGCAAAUAAUAAAUAUCUAUAUUUGUAAAUGAUGUAUAAGAAGAUGGAAUAUGAAUAACUUAUUAAGUAAGAAUAAAAGAAACCCUAAUUACCUCUUAUUGAUACAUCAAAUGAUUUUAAUACUAAAAUGGUAAAAGGAUUAUAAAAUGAAGAAUAAUUAUCUGAAAGUAGAGUGGAAUCAAGAGGGUAGAUCAGAAAUAGAAUCAAAUCUUUAGUAAAUUAAGGAAAAGAAGAAACACCAAAAGUUUAUAAACUUAAAUAUUAUAAUCAUAAAAAAGUAUUAUCUCCUCAAGAAGUUGCUUCAGAGGUAUUUAAAAUGAAAGAAAAAUAAAGAAUUGAAGAGGACAAAGAAAAAAGAUUACAAAACUUAUGGAAUAAAUUUUUAAGAUGUCAUCUUGUCAUUUUAAUUGUCAUUAGAUGGUCAGAAAAUAUUAGGUAAUUUUACAUUUAUAAAAUAAGAAAGAAAAGAAAAGAAAAAGAGAAACUAUAAUAGGAAUAAAAUAAAAAGGCAAAACUAUUGUUUAAAGAAAUUAAGAAAUAUGAUUAAGCACAAUCAUAAUCAAUUAUAUCAAAUUGGGUAAAUAAAAUUACUCUUAGAAUUUAUUAAGGAAUGAAUGGAGAUGAAAUGAAAAAAGUAUUUUCUCAAAAUUUUAAUCCUAAUUAAUUAGAAUCAUAAGAAAUUCUGAAAAAAUGGUUAAUUUAUUUUUCGAUAUUAUUUUUCAAAAAUGUUGAGUAACAUACAAGAUAAGAAAGUAUGCCAGAUUUUUUAUGUUUCAUGAUGACACUUUAAUUGUAUCAUUAUUAGAAUAAGACAGCCUCAUUAUUUGUAGUUAGAAGAACAACUUACUUAAAUGCAAAUGUAUUUUCAUUAUCUGAAAAAGAGAUUCAAUUAAUUACAAGUGAAUUUAUUCUAUUUUCUGUAAUAAUUCCAGAAAUUAUUAAUUAAGAUAAGAAAUAAAACUAUUUUAAUUAAUAGCAUAAAAUUUAAUGUAGAUAGAUAUUUUUUUAAGUAUUCAGUUUAUUACAAAUACUUUUUAUGAGUUCAUUUCUUGAUCUAUCUGAAGUUAAAUCAACAAAUAAAAUAAAGGUUCUUUAAAAAAGGAUUACAACUAAUGAAAAAACAUAAGAAAUGAAAUUUGAAUAAGAUGAUUAGAUUGAUUAAAGUUAAGCAAUAAUUGAAGGAUUAGAAAAAAAACAAAAAUUUGAAAAAAUCUAAAAAUAAAAUGCUGGAAUUUUGGAAGAUUUGAAACGAUUUUUGGAUAUAAUAUUAGAUAAUAUAAGUGGGAAUGCAUAUAUUUGA